AUGUCUCCGGCGCGUCCGUGCAGGGGGUUAAGGGCCGCAGUGGCUGCCAGCGUGGGUUUGAGUGAGGGGCCGGCGGGCUCUGCCCGGAGCGGCCGCCUCUUUCGCCCGCCGAGCACCUCUCCGGUGGCGCCGGGGGCCCGGCUGUUGCGGCUCCCAGGGAGCGGGGCCGUGCGGGCCGCGAGCCCCGAGCGCGCCUGCUGGACCGAGGCGCUGCGGGCCGCCGUGGCCGAACUGCGCGCCGGCGCCGUGGUGGCUGUCCCCACCGACACGCUGUACGGCCUCGCUUGCUCGGCGAGUUGCUCAGCGGCACUUGGAGAUGUGUACCGCCUCAAGGGUCGCAGCGAGGCCAAGCCGCUGGCCGUUUGCCUGGGUCGCGUGGCCGACGUCUACAGGUACUGCCAUGUAAGAGUCCCCGAGGGGCUCCUGAAAGACCUUUUGCCAGGACCAGUGACCCUGGUAAUGGAACGCUCAGAGGAGCUCAACAAGGAUCUGAACCCCUUCACUCCUCUUGUGGGCAUCCGGAUUCCUGACCAUGCCUUCAUGCAGGACUUGGUCCAGGUGUUUGGGGGACCACUUGCACUCACCAGUGCCAAUCUCAGCUCCCAGGCCAGUUCUCUGAAUGUCAAGGAGUUCCAGGACCUAUGGCCUCAACUGUCCCUGGUCAUUGAUGGGGGGCCAAUUGGGGAUGGCCAGAGCCCUGAGUAUCGCCUCGGCUCAACUGUGGUCAACUUAUCUGUGCCUGGAAAGUUUGGCAUCAUUCGUCCAGGCUGUGCCCUGGAAAGUACUACAGCCAUCCUCCAACAGAAGUAUGGGCUGCUGCCCUCAGAUGAUCCCUGCUCGUGAAACUUGGGAGGAGGGAGGGCCCAAGGACUGGUGUGGACACUGUGUGUCUGUCCACUGGCAGUUGGCAAGGCCUCAUUUGCAGAGGCUGCUGGGGCUACGUCACUAGCUUCACCCCCUUGAGCAGCAAGUCUUUCUGAACACUGUACACCAGGCCCCAGAAGCUACUGGUUUAGCUUUAUACCUGGGGAGAAAAAAAACACGUUGCUGUCGAGUAAAUUCCAACUGAGCCACCCUGUAGGACAGAGUAGAACUGUCCCAUAGGGUUUCCAAGAAGCAUCUGGUGGAUUUGAGCUGCCGACCUUUUGCUUAGCAGCCGAGCUCUUAACCACUACGCCACCAGGGCUUCGGCUUCAUUCCUCAGGAGAAGGUCAUAUUUAUUAUUUUUAAUUUUACAUUUCAGUCAAAAACUGAAAAACAGGUUAAGUAUGUUUGUAGAGAGGCCUUCUUCUGAUUUUUUUUUUUUUUAAGUGAUUUAAUUAGAUCUGAAAUCCAGUGAGAGUCUCCUCCUUGGUGGGUGGAGGCUUUUAAGGUCCAAAGCAGCUAGAGGUGCUGAUGCUGUUUGUAAGUCUCAGGUGACCAAAGACAUGGCUUUGGGCUCCUGAAGCUGGAACCAGGUUAAGAUAAAGAUGUAGAGCGCAGGCCAUACAGUGUUUCCUCAGACCCAGGGGGCUGGUGGUGCACUGUAAUUGCCUGCCAGGGAGAGGCACUCUUCUGGUCUAAUGGUGGGAAGUCUGCUCAGUUGGCAGGGGCUAGAGGUGGGGGGAAUCCAAAUUAAAGAAUACUGGAAAACAAGUUUCUGCCUUUUUCAGCCAGUGAUUUUUUCCCCCCUUAUUUAUUCACUUUUAUUUAAAUGCAGUAUUUACUCAACAGCCUUUUAUCUGUAUGUGUAUGCCAAAUGUUAAACAUAAUUAUCGAUGGGCAUUUGAACUUUGUUUUUCUUUAAUAUAAAACAAUGCUGCUGGUAAACAUUGUAAA